AUGCCGAGGUUCAUUGAGAGUCGAACAUGGCAACUAAUUGGUAUGCGUCCGGCGUCAAAUAGUGCUGCAGCCUGCAACAAUGUUUUCGACAAAAUCAGAAUGCUUGUGAACCAAAUGGUAUCAGCAGGUCAACUCAUUCGCAUUGCACAAGACGCACUAUGGACAGAGAAGAUCCUCGACGAAUUUCCUUACAGCAUGAAGAAGAAAGUCCUGAUUACUAUACAGAGCAAGGGCGAAGUCAAAAUUGAAGACAUAAUGAACGAGCUAGAAAAAGAGAUAGAAGUCAAGAAAUUCGUAAAAUCAAGAUUGCGCAACUUCUCAAAGCACGACUACAACAGAUAA